AUGCUUCAUGAAGCCGAAGAGCUCGUCCAGUCCUGGGAAGCCUGCCAGUUCCACGUGAAGCAGAUCCACCAGCCGGCGCAAGGGCUCCAGACCAUCCCUCUCUCGUGGCCCUUCGCGGACUGGGGGCUGGACAUCCUGGGCCAUUUUGUUCGUGUGCCUGGUGGCUACCACUACCUCUAUGUCACCAUCGACAAGUUCACCAAAUGGUCGGAGGUGGAGCCUGUCCGCACCAUUCCUGCGGGAUCAACUGUCAAAUUCAUCAACGGCUUGGUGUGCCGCUUCGGUGUCCUAAACCGCAUCAUCACUAACAACGACACGCAGUUCACCAGUGGCCUCUUCAAGUCCUAUCGCGCCAUCAUUGGCACGCAGAUCCCGCGAAGAAACGGCUAG